AUGCCUGCUGCAUCAAACUUUAAGGACUGGUUAGAUUGCUUUCUGAAAUUGCAAGGCAAUGAGUUAGCAGAGCUCACUGUGGUGACCAUGUGGAGGUUGUGGAAAAGUACGAAUCAGGCAUUAUUUGAGGGCAAGGUUGGUGAUGCAAUACAGGUGGGCAAGCAGGCUAAGGCAUUCUUGAAAGAGUAUUGGAAAAUUCACAGAAGGCAAGGAACACAGCAAUAUAAGGAGCAUACCAAAUGGGUAGCACCAGAACCAAGCUAUCUGAAAAUUAAUGUCGAUGGAGCUUUUUCUGAAGAAGCAGCUGGUGUUGGUUUAGUGGUGAGGAAUCACUUGGGUCAAGUGGAGGCUGCAAUGGCUGCAAGGGUGGACGGAGCUCAUAGUGCAGAGCAUGUAGAAUGCUUGGCUUUUCUCACUGCUUUGGAGUUCGCAAGAGACUUCGGCAUUUCGCACUUCUUGCUCGAAGGGGAUGCAUUAAAUAUUGUUCAAAGAAUUAAUAGCAAGGAACCCGACUUGUCUUUGUUAGGCAACUUAAUUCAUGGCAUCAGGUCCAUGCUGCUUUCUUUUGAUUUCGUUAAGGUUAGUCAUGUGAGGAGGACCAAUAAUGUCCCUGCCCACAUUAUGGCUAAGUUUUCGUUAUCCUUUGAGGGAAGCCGUGUCUGGUUUGUAGACUUCCCCAAACCAGUUGCUGAUGCUGCUCUUGUUGAUUUGCAAUGA